UGAGGGAAACGGGGAUGCAAUUAAGAGACUUGGGAUGUACCUUCAGAGGGCAAAAACAGCAAUGACGAUUCUACACCGAUGGGAGGCAGCAACGCAGUAAACCGUGCCUAGUCUGCCGGAAAUGAUAAAAUGAAGAAGAAGUAGAAGUAGAAGAAGAAGAAGAAGAGGAAGAGGAAGAGGAGAGGAGGAAACGGCGUCAACUAAACAUGGCUUCUAUGCAGAGAUGGGAAUGGAUGUAACUAUUUAACGUUAGUGUUGUAACGUGCCCCAGUGUGCUACUGUACACGACAUGGACAACAUAUAUCACCACUCUUCGUCAGAAACACAGCAGCCUGUUGUGUAUAAUGGCGGCUAUCUGGAGAGACCGUACACCGCUAGUAGACCGCCGCCGAGCAGCGCGGCUCAUGAACCGGCACAGCCGGACCAUACUGCUCCACAAUGGACACCUACACGGGGAUAUGACGGUCUCCCGUACGCAUUUGGAUGCGGUUUCCCUGCUCCGUCUCUCGGAGGACCCCUGCCAUAUGGAUUUGACCCCUCCGUCCCCCCGCCUCCUUUCGGCUGCCCACCACCUGGACACUUCCCUAACGCGGUGACCGCCGCUCCGAUAAACCCAUUCAACAGCAGAGGAGCCCCGACCUUUGACACAUUUACCCAGCAGUUUCGACCCUGUCCCCAGACUACGCGGUAUGAGAUGGACCCCAGUCAGAACCAACAGCACGAGUAUGAGGACUUCUCUGAGAGUGGAGCUCUGCUCGGCCGCCCGCAUGACAGGAGUCCGGCUACAACACCGCGACCUGAGGAUGAGGCGGUCCUUCAAAGGAGGCAGGAUCUGCAGUGGGUCGGACGUUUCUUACAAGGCAGAGACAAAACUCCCAAGACCCCACAGAGCCAGCAGCAGCGGCUACGCCACAGCUCUGCUCCGGACCCGGGAGAGGCUCUGUACAGGGCCGCUCAGCUCGUCACUCGGCUGGCAGAGUCCUGCGAAGCUCUGAGGAACAACGUGGAGAAUGAGUGCAUUUGGGCGGACUCGUAUUUAAUGGCUUUGAAUGUGAAGACAAAGCUGCAGGAUAAACUCAAAGUCCUCAGUGACGGGGAAUGUUUAAACGGGUGGAAAGCUAAACUGUCCCGUGUUGCCAAGAGGAGGGCUCGGCGACUGAGAGCCAGGAAAGAGCUCCAGACGGAGGAGACUCACAGAGAGGAGCGCAUCGCUGAGAAAGAGGCCGCCAUCAACAAGUGGAGGAUGCAGCGGAUCCAACAAGUGGAGGAGAAGAAGAAGGAGCGGGAGCUGAAGCUGGCUGCCGACUCUGUUCUCUGUGAGGUGAGGAAGAAGCAGGCGGACGUGAAGAGGAUGGGGGACAUCCUGAGAUCUCUGGAGAAACUGCGCAGACUGAGGAAAGAGGCAGCAUCGAGGAAAGGAAUCGUCACUGAGCAAGAAUGUGACGAGGCGUUCAGCACCAGACUGGAGCAGCUAAGGUGUGUGAUGAAGAAGAGGACAGCAGUUUACUCAGCAGAGGAGAAAGCUCUGAUGGUGAUGCUGGAAGGAGAGCAGGAGGAGGAGAGGAGGAGAGAGCAGGAGAAACGAAUGAAGAAGGAGAGGGAGAGACACCUGCAGAGGAAACGCAGAGUGAACGACAUGUUGUUUGGAGAGGAUCUUCCUGCUGAGUGUGUUCUGCAGCCCUUCAGAGCAUAUUACACCCAGACUGAGCGCUCGCUGCACGCUUUACUACAAAUCAGGAGACAGUGGGAUGUGUUUGUGGUUCCAGCGGAUCAUCCUGACGGUUCUCGGGUUCCUCAGAGCUGGAUCCUGCCAGAUGCCCCGUCAGACCAGGUCUGGGCCUCCGCUCUGCACUCCGCUGACACGGAGUGAGACGGACUCGCGCGUCCUGUCACCCACUGCCUCACAUCCAGCUCCAUGAAGCCUAACCUGCAGACUGCAGCUGUCUGUGGAAGGACCAGCAGAGGAAGACAUGUGAACACAACGUUAAUCAUGGAUUUAGAAGUUGUUUGUUCCAAACAGCUCUGUUAACUUGAUCAGGAUAAUGAGAUGAUGAACACUGAGUCAAUAACAAAAAGCACAUUUCUUUGAAUCAGUCUGUUCCUCCAGAGCUCUCCCAGAAACCAACCUUCUGUCCACAGCGUUUAUGUUGUUUGAUGACAUGAAAAGGCUUCACAGUGAUACAUAAUCUCAAUAAGUUAACUAACAGCUUCGCUUCUUUUUAUUUUUGUAAAGUUUACUUUGCGUUUGUUUUUAUUCAUUUUAAAUGUCAUACUGACUGAUAAUAAUACAUUUAAUAUCCACCAAUGAGUUUCUAUUUCUGGAUCUUUUUUCAUGUUGAUUCAGUGAAACUGUCUCAGACUGAACCUUCAUUAGACCAGGAAGUCACCAGAAUCAUCACAAGUCAUGAAUGUCCUCAACAGAUGGACAGGAAGCAGUUUAUUGGUGAUCAAAGUGUUAAUCUCAUUCUGUGUGUUUAUCAUACAGUAGAACCUAAAGUUGUUUCUGGCAUCUUCACACAAUAAUAAAAGAGUAAUCACA